AUGGAAAAGAUCAAAGAGCGUAUGAGCGCCCUCCGCUUGGAGGCCGAUGAGGCUCACGAGCAAGUCGAGGAGCUCAAGAAGAAGGUCAAGACCCUGGAACAGGAAAAUCUGUCCAAGGAACAGGAGAUCACAUCUCUCAACCACCGCAAUCAGCUCCUGGAGGAGGAAGUUGAGAAGCUCGAGUCCUCCGUCAAGGACGCCAAGGACGCCGCCAACCAAAGUGCCCAGCACGAUACCCAGAACGAAGCUCUUCAGCGUCGGGUACAACUCCUUGAGGAGGAGGCCGAGGAGAACGAUCGCACUCUGCGUGAGACCAACGAGAAGCUCCGCCAGACUGAUGUCAAGGCCGGCCACUACGAGCGAAAGGUGCAGGCCCUGGAGACCGAGCGCGAUCAGUGGGAGGCCAAGUACGAGGAAAUGGCGAAGAAGCACGCUGAGCUGCAGAAAGAUCUGCAUGAUUUGGAGGUCUCUAUCAGCAACGUCUAG